AUGAGGCGGAGCCGCAACGCGCCGCCAAAGGUGGAUGAGGGCGGCGACGAUUCCGGGCAGAUGGUGGUUGGGACGGGCGUCACGAUGGACUUCUCAGCGAUGGACGACCCCUCUCUAACGGUGGUUGUGCGAGGAGUCAUGAGGCAUGCCGUGCUAAAAACGGAGAACGUGAUCGUUACGGGAAGGCUGCACGGAAACGUCGAGGCGAAGACGCUAGAGAUCUCUAAGGGCGCCCUGUUCCUGGGCAAGGCCAUGGUGGGUUCGGCGACGGUGGCGGGGAGGCUGGAGGGGAUCCUUGUUGUGGGCAACAUGCUCCCCAUGAGGAGCUCGGGACACUGGGACGGGGUGUUCCGCUAUGGGCAGCUGAACGUCCAGCACGGGGGAAAGCUCACGGGAGCCGUAAAGGCCGCCUCCCCGGCGGACGUGGGCAUCGGGGACAUCCCCGUCCCAGACCUCCCGCCGGGAACUUGGGACGACUUCUGGGGCAAGGGGGGCGGCGGUAGGGCGGAGGGGGGGAGCGGGGACGUCUCUUCCUCCUCCGCCUCCUCUUCCGGCAGGUCGACUUCUCUCCGAAGAGUGAGCGAACCUCUGCAGACCGAAAACGCAGCACAGCUUGAGAGUGCCGCCGCUGGUGUCUCGGGGGAAGAUGAAGCACCGCCAGGGACGGCGACCGCCGCCGCCGCCGCCGCCGGUGCUGCCGCCGGGCUGCCUUCCACGGCGACGACAACACCGAAAGAGCGCGGGGAGAUUAUGAUGCCGUCGCCCGCAGAGGACGUCACGACGACCCCGCCAGAGGAGGCUCACGAAGAGAUGUCGCCGUCCGCCCAGUUGGUGUUCGGCAACGGUAACGGCGGCGGCGGUGGGGGUAGCGAGUGCGUCCUGAGCCCGGUGUCGGCGGUCUCCGGCGGGGCGUGGGGGGCUCCGCGGGAUCCUCCCGCGGUGGACGGGGGGUCCCCGGGGGGUUCUGAGACCGCCGAGGUUGACAUGAUGGACUUCUUGCAGGAGGUUGGGCAGCAGCGGCUGAGGGACGAGGCCCGGGAAGAGCAUGCUACGGAGGCGAUGACAGCCGUGGGGACGCCGGUUUCGGCGGCGGGGUCGGUCACCGGGUUCGCCCGCACGCCUGCGGGACAUCCGACGGAAAUCGGACCAGACAACAACGUUGUCUCAGGUUCUUCUUUACAGCAGCAAGCGAGCGUCGUACCGAGGCCGGAGGGUUCCGCGGGAGGGGACAGCGAGCUGUCGGCUAUGGUGGAGAAAGACGAGGACGCUGUGAAGGAUGGCCUGCAAAGAAUCCUGCACAUCCGUCAAACGGCGCAGGAAUCAGUAGCCGCCGACGCCGCUGCCGACGCCGCGAAAGCCAACGACUCCGUGCCUGGAGAAAAUGGCGGCGAUUUCAGGGCCACCCUACCUGCCGCAAGGAUGGAAGCAGCGGCGGCUGCUGUGCGGACGGAGCCGCGGUUGUUGGCUGCAACUUGGAGUCACAUUAACCAGGACCGCUCGAGGCAACCCCGCUGCGGACCGAAGACCCCAGAAGAACGGCUGAAGGCCAUCGAAGACGCCAAGGCUGCCCUCCGAUCACGAGUCGCCCUCCGCAAGGCGUCGCAGUCAGAGCAGGAGUUUGUGAAUCAGCAAGGGACCACCAGUCGCCGCCCGGUGAGCCUGGGCCGCAGCGAGCUCGGCAGCUCCAGCCCUAUCAGCUCCAGCUUCGGCGGCAGCGCUAGCGCCAUCGGCAGCCGCAGCAGCCGCGGCGGCGGCGGCGGCCAGACCCCCACUUUCGCCGUGACACACCCGACCUAUGGCGAACAACCUCAGCAGCAGCAGCAGCAGCAGACGGCUGCUUCUGACGCGGGUGGGGUGACACCGAGCGGAGGCCUUGCUGGCGUGUACGACGACGACGACGAUGACGGCGGCACAGCUCCCGCUUCCUCCGGAGGCGCAGAGGCGGCCGACCAGGGCCUCGGCUCCUCGGACGGCGCCAGCGGGUGCGCCGCGGGUGCCUCGGGGGGAAACGGGGCGGUGGAGGCGGCGGCGGCGGCCGCCAUGGCUCUCGAGGCCGGGGACAUGACCCUUUCCGGGGGGGCGGCUGUCGCGCUGGCGUCCCCGGGGAAGGACAGAGGCGUUUCGGACGGGGAGGCGCCGGGCGGGCUGCUGAUGACCGGACGCCGUGGGAAGGUGCACCUGUCGGGGAGUUACACGGAGGCGGCGGCGGCGGCGGUGGCGGCGGCGGCCGCGGCGGCCGCGGCGGCCGCGGCGGCGGCGAAAUCGUCGUCGUCGUCGGUAUCGCCGACGAAUAAGUCGGCGUUCGGAACGCCCCCUCGUGUGGCCCGAAGCGGGAGCGCGUCUGAGGGGAGGUAUCUUCACAGCCCACCUCCUGGGCCCCUCCUUGUCCACCCUCAGCGCCGACAAGCAGCGGCGGAGCAUUCUCGUAAUGGCGGCGGCGGGGGCAGCGACUUCGCGUGGAGUAAAGUCGGCGCUUUUCCUUUCGGACAAGGGCCGCGGACGGCAUCGAGCUUCCCGGUGGGGAACGGCGGCGGCGGCGGUGGCAGCAGCGGUGGCGGCGGCGUGGGCUUUCGAGCAACGGCAGACGGCGAGGGGCGGGCGGGGGGGGGAGGCACCACCGCCGGCGCCGCGGGUGCUAGUAGCUUGAGCGGCGUCGGCAGCAUCGCCGACAUCGGCGGCGAUCUAGGAGACGGGAACGCACCGGUGUCCCCCAUCGUGCGCAUGCCGGCGGAGGAGUUCUCCGCCCGCUCGCUCGGAGGCAUGUUCGGGGCAAAGUCGCAGGAGGAAGUGGAGGCAGAGGAGGUGUGGCAGCGGGGGUCCACGGCCUUGAUGCGAGAAGACACCAUCUCUCCGCCGGCGCAUUCGCCGUCGCCGCAACCGGCCGCAGCUGCUACGGCCUCGGGUGAGGGCACCGGGAGAAGCGGCGACGGCGACGGCGGCGUCCCGUCGACCGCCAGGCCAUCGACGUCGGCACCUCCUGGCGGAGCAGCCGCGGAAGCGGCCUCUGGUCCUCCUUCCUCCCGUGCUGCUGCCAGCGGCGGCGGCGGCGGCGGGUUUUCCUCGGUGGAGGCGGCAUCGAAGGACGUCGGGGAUUCGUUGAGCGGGAAGGGCGGGAGCGAGAGAGCGAGGCCCGGGAACCAGAAGUGGCGGGAGAUCCGCGACAAGGCGCUCGCCGCGAACGGCGGCUCGUUCACGACCGCGAGGCGAUUGGCGAACAGCGCGGCGUCGCCGAAGCCUAAGCUGGAGUUCAAGAGGAGCGCACUGCCUACCCUGGGACAGCUGCGGCGCAACUCGGUGUCGCCGACGCCGUCUUUGCUCGCCGGGGGGGUGAGGAAAGGGAGCAUCAUCCGCAAGAGCAAGAGCGACUGCAGUGGCGAUGAGGGCGGGGAGGGUAGCAGUAGUAGUAGUAGUAGUGCCAUCCGAUCCAUCGGGACCCCCGAGGAGGAGGAGGAGCGCAUGCAGGCAAAGAGGAGGGAGGUGGCCGAGAAGAAGGCUAUCGCGGCCAGGGCGGUCGCCGCGAGAGACUUGGCGACCCAGCGCGCGGCGGAGGCGGCGCGGGCCGCGGAGGCUGCCGUUACAAACGCGGAGGAGUUGGCGGCGGCGGUGGCGCGGGGAAAGGCUGCCCAAUCGCCCGGCACGGACACGCCGGCCGUUGCGACGACCGCUCCGCCCACCAUCGUCGUCCAAGCCGCCGCACCCCCGGUUGGCAACGAGCAGCACCACCCGGAGGGCGGUGCUGUUGAGGUGGUGGCGCCGGCAGCCGCAGACGCAGACGCAGACGCAGACGCAGACGCAGAUGCCUCCGGGCUGUUGCCGGUCGCUGAGCGCGAGGCCACCGACGGGUUGAAGGAUGAUGGGCUUGUUGCCGCCACGGUUAGCGCUUCGACGACGGUCUCGGCUGUGGUGGCAGGGCAGAAGGAGGAGGAGGCGCCGAGCAGCAACCAGACGGUAGUGCAGGGGGGUGAACAACCUCCCGCCGCCACGACGCCGGGUCCGGUGCCGAUGGCCGUUUCGGGAGCAGAGUCGUCGGCGGAGAGCACCGGGGUCGCGCAGCAGCAGGCGGAACCGGCGCCGGCGCUGCUGGAACCAACAGGGGAAGGGGAAGCAGCAACAGCUGCAGAGGGGGGCGUAGCGCCGACAUCAACCGCCGUGCUGACGCCGACGGGAGGAACGCCGCCGGCAACGGCUGCUGUCGCCGUCCCGGCAACGGUGGUAGCAGCAACCCCAGCAGUCACGCUUCCAGCGGCAGCGGCAGCGACGGCAACGGCUCCUCCUCCUCCACCCGCAGAGGCAGCACCAGCAGCGCCAGGAGCAGCAGCGAACAAGCCGGCGGCGGCCGCCGCCGCCCCUGAGAAGAGGGCCGUGAGCACCAGCCCCUGCGCCAGCCCGAGGAUCCUGUACGGCGGGCGAGACUUCCGGGCGAGGCUGCUGGCGCCCGGCCUCGGCGCCGGCGGCACGCUCGGCGGGAGGCGGGAGUUGCCGGUGAGGGCGGGGGACGGGACCGGGGAAGAGACUUCCCCGGUCAAAUCACCCGGUUUGUCGCGAAUACAGUCGGAGGGAGGGCUCACCAACAUCGUAGAGGCUAAGUCCAGCUUCGCCGUCAAGCAGCGAGGAUUGGUGGCAGGGAGACCUUCCCGAGAGCGCAGUGGUUUCGUUGCCGCUGACACCGUCAAGAAGGGGCUGGGACCCGCCGGCGCAUUCGCGGGGAACUCCAACUGGCGGGUAGAAGCGAGCAGAGAAAAAGAGAAGUCCGCUGCCGACGUUAAGGGCGACGGGCACGGAGGAUUCCACAACCCGAUGGCCGCGCUGCGGGCGCAGCAGCAGCAGCAACGCGCCCAGCAGCAACAAGCCCGGCGAGUCCGGACGGGAUCGGAGGACUGGCAGACGCCACCGGCGACCAGCGCGGGCGUUGACGAAGCCGGCGGCGGAAUCAGCAGGGUGUCGUCGCCUUCAUCGGAGCCAACGUCAACAACAUCACCGCGUGCGUCGGGGAUGGAAGCGGCCGGUACCCCCGCCGACCCGGCACCAGCUCCGCUAGCGAUGCCUGCGUGGAUGCUGUCGAAGGGGAUUUCGGGGGCGGGCGGGCGGGCGCUGCGGAGCCCCCCGGGGGGCAGGUUGCUGCGGAGCAGGGUGUCGCCGGCGCGCGGCUCGCCGGCAGGAAGAAGGCACGGCUUUGGCAGUGGCGGUGACUUGUUAUCCCGCGGGUCGGUGGGGCGGCCGCUGUUGUCGUCGUCUUCGACGACGUCGUCGCCGGACCGGCCGGCGCCUGCGCUGGUGGCAGCGGCGGCGGCGACAGCGGCGUCCGCCCUCCCCACGGAACCGGGGAAGGACGAGGACGACGCAUCAGCUAGGGAUACAGCCGCUGAUGCUGCCGACAGUACCACCGAGAACACGGGUGGUGAUGGCGCGCGGGGCGACGACGUUGCCGGGUCGGGGCCUGGCUCGGAAUCGGUCGAGGUCGGCGGUGGCGUUGCCGUUGAGGGCGGCACGGCCCCGGAUGCCGAGCUCCUGUAUAACUAA